AUGAACACUGGUGGGUGAUAAUUGAAGUAAUGUUAACUCAUAACAUGAGAUAAACAUGACACUGUAGUUUUACUCCCCCUUUGCCUAGCUAAAAAUUUGUCUAAAGCCUUGGUCCUAGCCCAAGCCCAAAACUGACCGGACCUGAACUUAGACAUAAACCUGGACAUAUAUAAGACCUGAUCCUUGACCUAGGCAUAAACCUAUAUCUGAACCUGAACCUAAACCUAGACUUGAAUUAACCUAGACCUAGACCUAGACAUAGACCUAGACCUGGACCUAUACCUAGACUUAGACCCAGACUUAAGCCUGGACCUAGACCUAGACCUAGACAUAGACAUAGACCUAGACCUAGACCUAGACCUAGACCUAGACCUAGACCUAGACCUAGACCUAGACCUAGACCUAGACCUAGACCUAGACCUAGACCUAGACCUAGACCUAGACCUAGACCUAGACCUAGACCUAGACCUAGACCUAGACCUAGACCUAGACCUAGACCUAGACCUAGACCUAGACCUAGACCUAGACCUAGACCUAGACCUAGACCUAGACCUAGACCUAGACCUAGACCUAGACCUAGACCUAGACCUAGACCUAGACCUAGACCUAGACCUAGACCUAGACCUAGACUUAGACCCAGACUUAAGCCUGGACCUUGACUUGAACCUAUCUUAG